GCUAACAGUAUCCGCUGCUGCCGCCGCUGCUGCUGCUGCUGCUGUUUCCGAUCUCGAGUGGUUCGGUUGGGAGUUGAGAGGUGAGCGUUGAACGUUCAACGUUGAGAGCUCCCCCGAAAGUAGUACCCGGUCUUAUCAGACCCGAAAAGGCCGAAAAAGCCGAGCCGAGGGCUGUACCGCCCACAACUCAGUGCGAUUUGGGGCGUCGGCAGAGAGCGUUAACUGCUUCUCCGGGCUUUUCUGUAUUUCUGGGGGGCGCAAACGCGGCGCGAUCUCAAACCGCCGGUGGCUUUAGACCGGAGCGACAGGCACUCGUCCUCGAGAGAGCUGCGGAAAACUCAAUUCGUGAAUAAAAUCACCGACCGACGUGGAUUUGCAUUAAUCGCGAAGUGAAUGUGUGAAGUGAAUGUGCGAGGAGAUCGUGUGAAACAUGAGCAUAUAAUUUGACAAGCCGACUAAUUCGAAUCAUUUCGCCUACGGCCACGAAAAGCAAAAGUUGCAGACCUCCCCCAAGUCAGAUAAAAUAAUAUAACUGUUAAGAUAACCCCCCUGAAAAUGAAGAACCUUAGCCUGUGCCAAGUUUUGUGGAUUACGCUGAUCUUCAGCUGCAGCAUCCGGGCUUCAGUAAGAGCCGAUACCGCGGAGGAUGAAGACUGUCCUUCCCUGGCAAAUGCCACUUCCCUGCAACAGACGCAACUCAUUCAGCGGUUAACACAUGUCUGUCGCUAUGACCGACUUGAAAGACCAAUCGAAUACGACAAUGUGACGGCGCAACGUCUGCCAAUUGUGGUGAAGACGCGAAUUUACGUGUACUUCCUGCAGAAUCUCAAUUCCGAUUUGCUGCAGUUCAAGAUGCACGCCCUCCUGCAGUUACGUUUCCAGGACAAACGGUUGGCCUACAAGGCAUUCGGUCGCUACGAAAACAUCCUGGGCCAGAAACACCUGAGCGAACGCCUCUGGCUGCCACACAUCUUCUUUGCCAACGAGCGGGAGUCCAGUAUCCUGGGAACGGACGAGAAGGACGUCCUGACCUCCCUCUCCGCCGAGGGCAACGUGAUCAUCUCCACCCGCAUGCAGGCUACGCUCUACUGCUUUAUGAACUUCAAGAAGUUCCCCUUCGACCAGCAGUUCUGCUCGACGGUCCUUGAAAGCUGGAUGUACAACACCUCCGACUUGGUACUGGAAUGGGAGCAAGACUCGCCCAUCUCCUUUGAUCCAGAAAUGAAACUCACAGAAUACAACUUGGCUCGUUAUUGGCACAACACCACAGUGGUGGAGUCAGAUGGAAUUAAUCUGCGACAUGGAGCCUUCACGGGUAAUUAUAGUUCCCUGAGUUUCACGGUCAAUCUGAAGCGCGAAAUUGGCUUCUAUCUGCUGGACUACUAUGUGCCCUCCAUGAUGAUCGUGGCCAUUUCUUGGGUGUCCUUUUGGCUGCAGGCUGAUGCCUCUCCUCCGCGAAUUAUGCUGGGCACCAGCACCAUGUUGUCGUUCAUCACGUUGUCCUCGUCGCAGAGUAAAACCCUGCCCAAGGUGAGCUACAUAAAGGUGUCGGAGGUGUGGUUUUUGGGCUGCACCUUCUUCAUCUUCGGCAGCUUGGUGGAGUUUGCCUUCGUGAACACGAUUUGGCGCCGCAAGGAGAACAUUGAGCUGAAGAAGGUCAACAGCAAGUACAUCAUUAAGUCCACACUAACACCGCGACCCGCACGUCGUCAAAUUGGCGGGAGCUUAAGCAACGAAUCCAGGGCAAGAUCCUGUUCCAGUUUGGACAAUAUUGUUUCCAGCACUGAGAGCGUUCGCAACGGAAACGGCAAUGUGAAUCAGGGCUUUAACAACUACUUGACCGUGCAUCCCAAUUUACCCAUCAUCAAGACCGAGUGCGCCGACACCGUUUCCAUUUGCAGUGAGCGAACGAGCAACGAUCACAUUGUGGAUGUGGAUCAGGAUAAAAAGGACACGCCGACCACUUUUACGACCAUGACCCCACAGGAGAUCGCCAUGUGGAUCGACCGACGCUCCAGAUUCCUUUUCCCAACAAUGUUUUUGGCCUUCAACGCCUUGUACUGGACCUUUGUCUAUAUUUUGUGAGCGACAGUGGCCGCCUUUAAUGUGAAAUCUUGUCUAUUUGUGUAGUCCUGAUCACGCAAAUAAUUAUUAAAUUGUAAGAUGCAUCAUCUCAUAGCUGUAAAAAUGUUAACCAUUAAUCAAGCAAUAAAACCAGUCAAAUAAAUCGUUAGUGUUUACAAAUUUGUAAUUUUAAUAUAAUGACAUCUUAAGUUAAGUAUUAUAUGUAAAGAAACCGUAAAGAAAAAACAUUUUUCGAAAAUGGCA